UGUGCUUGGAGACAGCCAUAUUCUACCUCUACUCAACUCUGCUGUGGAGGAAAGGUUGUUCAGAAAAUCAGAGGCUAUGCCUGCUGUGGAAAAAGAGUUUAUAACACCAACACCCAGGUAGAUAUCAACGAAAUGAUUUGAUAGAUGGCGAAUUUAUACAAUAUAAACAUGAUCAGUUUAUAACUAAUCGAGAUUACAGAAAUACAUCUCAUUUUUAUUCUUGAAGUGGUGAUUUCUAAUACAUUACAGACUCGCAUGAAAACAUCGUAAGCUCCCUCCCUCGUUGAGUUAUCAAUAUUUAUGGUAGCACUAUUUCAGAUACUUCUUUAUUCACUGUUUUUACUAUACUUGCCAUCUUUACGCUAUUAUGCCAGGGUCAUAAUAGAUGAAAUAGAGAAAUAGAGAAGCUUAGAGAAAUACUAAGAGAUCUCGAUUUAAGAAGAUAUCAAUAGAGAAAAGAGCAAGUCUAAGAUCAUUUUACUUUUCCUGAUUCUCAUAUUUACUCGUGGUCUUCAAUUCGUAAAGUAGUAUUUAAAGAUAAAUUAGAGGAAUACAUGAAACAACUUGGUGUUGGUGGUGUUGUUCCAAAUCAAACCAUGGAUCGGUGAGCUGUUGUGGCACGACAGUGAUCUUCUCCAAUUAUCAACGUUGCUGCGAUAAUAGAGUGUAUAACCCAUCAACUCAGGUAGAUAAGUUUUGAAGGUUAUCUCUGACAAAACGUGCAGCUGAGGUCACCGAAAGUGAACUUAUAGAAACUUGUUGCCCAAGGAGCACUAAAAAAAAGCAUCUCCUUGCGACUAAAUUGCUUUUACAUAUAUAAGAGUAUGCAUGGAAGGGAAUCAAUAGCAAAAAUACAUUGACUAUGAAAAUACUGCUCAGUGUCUUUCGUUUCAUCGGUGGAGUACCUUUCAGAUUAAAGCCCAAAAUUAUAGACGCUUAACCCUCAUUUUGCAGACUCCCCACUUUAACACUCAAGUAAGAUCAUUUAAGAAUUCCUUGAAAUAAUCCCGAGCUUUGUUCUGAGCAUGUUUAAAUUUGAUUUUCUGUUUUUCAUUUUUUUCUUUUAUUUGGUUUAUGUUUAACGCUGAAAUACUAUUUUCCAUGCUCUUGUGUAGGUUUGCUGCUCAGGAGUAAUCUCCAAAAAACCACACGGUGUAUCAACUCCAAGAUGCUGUAAAACCCUACCCUACAACCCAAACACUCAAGUAAGAUCAUUUAAGAAUUCCUUGAAAUAAUCUUGAGCUUUGUUCUGAGCAUGUUUAAAUUUAAUUUUCUGUUUCCCCUUUUUUCUUCUAUUUGGUUUAUGUUUAACGCUGAAAUACUAUUUUCCAUGCUUUUGUGAAGGUUUGUUGCUCAGGAGUAAUCUCCAAAAGACCACACGGUGUAUCAAAUCCAAGAUGCUGUAAAACCCGACCCUACAACCCAAACACUCAAGUAAGAUCAUUUAAGAAUUCCUUGAAAUAAUCUUGAGCUUUAUUUUGAGCAUGUUUAAAGCUAACUUUCUGUUUCUCAUUUUUUUCUUUUAUUUGGUAUAUUGUUAUUCCUCGCUUAUACAUUGUACCCACAUUUUUCAGAAACCUUGGACUGAGAACAAAAAUUUAAAAUAAAACUUAUUGAUCAGGCAGCGCAAAAACAUGCGUUCAAUGGGUUCAUCCACAGCACCAACACCCAGAUAGAUAUCAACGAAAUGAUUUGAUAGAUGGCGAAUUUAUACAAUAUAAACAUGAUCAGUUUAUAACUAAUCGAGAUUACAGAAAUACAUCUCAUUUUUAUUCUUGAAGUGGUGAUUUCUAAUACAUUACAGACUCGCAUGAAAACAUCGUAAGCUCCCUCCCUCGUUGAGUUAUCAAUAUUUAUGGUAGCACUAUUUCAGAUACUUCUUUAUUCACUGUUUUUAUUAUACUUGCCAUCUUUACGCUAUUAUGCCAGGGUCAUAAUAGAUGAAAUAGAGAAAUAGAGAAGCUUAGAGAAAUACUAAGAAAUCUCGAUUUAAGAAGAUAUCAAUAGAGAAAAGAGCAAGUCUAAGAUCAUUUUGCUUUUCCUGAUUCUCAUAUUUACUCGUGGUCUUCAAUUCAUAAAAUAGUAUUUAAAGAUAAAUUAGAGGAAUACACGAAACAACUUGAAAUAAAUUGAUAUUCACUUUCUCCGACGAUUAAAUUUUCAGGUAUGCUGUGGUGGUGUUAUUCAUCCCAAACCAAGCCAUGGACCGGUGAGCUGUUGUGGCACGACAGUGAUCUUCUCCAAUUAUCAACGUUGCUGCGGCAAUAGAGUGUAUAACCCAUCAACUCAGGUAGAUAAGUAUUGAAGUUUAUCUCUGACAAAACGUGCAGCUAAGGUCACCGAAAGUAAACUUAUAGAAACUUGUUGCCCAAGGAGCACUAAAAAAAAGCAUCUCCUCGCGACUAAAUUGCUUUUACAUAUGUAAGAGCAUGCAUGGAAGGGAAUCGAUAGCAAAAAUAUAUCAACUUUGAAAAUACUGCUCAGUGUCUUUCGUUUCAUCGGUGGGGUACCUUUCAGAUUAAAGCCCAAAAUUACAGACGCUUGACCCUCAUUUUGCAGACUCCCCACUGUCUCUGGCAAAAUAUUUUCUUCCACUCUCAGUACUUCUUUCCCCCUGAAAAUUUGAUUAUCGAUACUCCUCGUGUUGUCAACCCGAACUAGCAGUCUCAGUGAUAUCUUCAAAAGAUAAAGUUUAUGGUUAGCGCUGAAAUACUAUUUUCUAUGCUCUUGUGUAGGUUUGCUGCUCAGGAGUAAUCUCCAAAAAACCACACGGUGUAUCAACUCCAAGAUGCUGUAAAACCCUACCCUACAACCCAAACACUCAAGUAAGAUCAUUUAAGAAUUCCUUGAAAUAAUCCUAAGCUUUGUUCUGAGCAUGUUUAAAUUUAAUUUUCUGUUUCCCCUUUUUUCUUCUAUUUGGUUUAUGUUUAACGCUGAAAUACUAUUUUCCAUGCUUUUGUGAAGGUUUGUUGCUCAGGAGUAAUCUCCAAAAGACCACACGAUGUAUCAAAUCCAAGAUGCUGUAAAACCCGACCCUACAACCCAAACACUCAAGUAAGAUCAUUUAAGAAUUCCUUGAAAUAAUCUUGAGCUUUAUUUUGAGCAUGUUUAAAGCUAACUUUCUUUUUCUCAUUUUUUUUCUUUUAUUUGGUGUAUUCUUAUUCCUCGCGUGUACAUUGUACCCACAUUUUUCAGAAACCUUGGACUGAGAACUUCAAAAAUUUAAAAAACUUAUUGAUCAGGCAGCGCAAAAACAUGCGUGCAAUGGGUUCGUCUACAUGCAUUAAAAAUAAUGCUCAGCGGCUUUUAUUUCAGUGGCAAAACUGUGGUACCCAUCAUUGGUGGAGUAUCUUUUAAACGAACAACAAAAACUUCUGACAAACCACACAUAAACCAUCCCUGACAGAUUCGUUUUCUUCCACUCUCAGUAAUUAAUUAAUUCUUUCUAAAGCGUAUUUGAUUAUCGAUAAUCUCCGUAGUUAAAUUCCCGAAAAUUACCGUCUAUGUGAUCCAAAAUUAAGGUACGUUUUACUCUGAAAUGCUGUGUUUCAUGUUCUUUUUGGUAGGUUUGUUGCUCAGGAGUAAUCUCAAGUAAACCAUUUCGUGUAUCAAAUCCAAGCUGCUGUAAGACCACACCCUAUAACCCAAUCACUCAAGUAAGAUCAUUUGAGAAUUCUUGGAUAUGGUUGAACGCUUCAUUUUGAGCAAUUUAUAAAUUGAUUUCUCUCUUUUUCGGUUUGUUGUUUCUCUGUUUUGUUAUAUUCUAAGUCCUUGCUUGUACAUGGACCUCACACUUUCCAGAAACCUGCAGCUGAGAAAAUUAAAAAUUGAAAAUAAAACUGCUUGCUCAGCCAACACUGGAAAGAAACAAUUUAAAAUAAACCCCGGAGUGUAUCAACUCCAAAUUGUGGUGAAAACCGACCCCACCACCCAGACUCACGAGUAAAGUCAUUUGUGAAUCGGAGUUAUGGUCAUAGGGAUAAUUUUGAGAAUUUUGUUUUGUAAAUGCAAAGUCCUCGCCAGUAUAUGGAACACGUACCGUUCAAAGUCCACUCCUUUCGGUCAAAUGCAAAACGGUGACGAGCGAAAUCUCGGCGGGAUAUGGCAUUUUUCAGAACAAUAGAAAUGCAAUAUUCUGAGUUGAAAUUCAAUAAUUCAUUGUUGAUAAUUUUCCUAUUCUGACUGGCGUAAACGAGUAUAGGCGGACUUUUCCAUUAUUUUGUCUUUACAAUUCGUUGCCGUUUUGGUUUUGCCACCGAUUCUUACCACUUUCAAAUAUCAAGGGAACAAGUUUGCCUUGCCAUUAUUGCUAUAAAAUGUUUUAUCCUCCUUUUUUUUCCCUUUUAUCCCUCUCUUCAAAUGUAAUAUCUAGAUAAACGAAUGAACAAAUGAAUCAACAAAAUAACAGCUACAUUGAUGUUAAGAGGAUUGACUAGUGGACCAAGACCCAUUUUGCAGUUGCGCCGGUGCUAAAUCAAAUUCCAUUAACGGAUUUCUUAAAACAUUUUUUAUUAUAAAGAUCUUAAUUGUACUUUGUUUAACUUUUCAGGUCUGCUGUGGAGGCAGAGUAUUUACCAACAAGCUUUGCUGCGGAUCUGUACCGUAUAAUUCAAAUACCCACUGCUGCAAAUCAGGCUUCGUUCAACUUAAAGGCUGCUGCUAUGGAAACUCACCGUUUUCACCCUGUCGCAUACAACCUUGAUCGAAAUGUUGCAAUUUUACUGUACCUAAUGAUUUAGAGGUGCUUUGCUUUAGCGACACUCUAUAAACAGGUUUGUCGCCUUCAAACUUUGUGCUUGGGCCACAGCAGAUUCUUAAGCAAUGACUAUUUUAUGUACGUCGUUUUUAAUUCAAAUUAAACCUUCUCGCAGUUUUGAUCUCACUUUCUUUAGUAUGUUUAUUAUUAUCCCUUCAAUCAGGUAUCCCUCAUUGAUUACAUUUUUCUACAGAAGAUAUUACCAUUUGAGAGAUUAAAUGAGAUUGAACAUUUCAUUCCGUCACUUCCAAAGUAAAGACUCGAAAAAUAAAUUCUUAAAAUUAGAGCCGCACCAUAACCAUGCACAAACAUAUACAACCCUUCUCGCGGGUUUAUCACUUAUUAUUCAACAUUAUCUCCAUGUUCUCUUAUCUUUCCAACGUUGUGCCAAUUUCUACAAAUCGAUUCUCCCUGUUGCUUCCAGAGCGCUGACGAAUUCAGUGGAAAACUUCCGUUUAGAUCUAAUCUACGUGUUGCGUCACAAACCAACCCUCUGACAAGAUUCAAUAGAUGCACGAACAACUGUGUUCAGAAGGACCGAUUACAAGUUAAAACGGACUUGUCGUAUCGACUGUAACUUUAAUAUCUCAAUUACAUGGUUAAGAGACCAUGGUGGUAUAAUUAUGCUGAAACUAGCAAACAAAUUCUAGCCUACAAAGGAAUAAUUUUGUCUCGACGUGAAAUUUUCGAAUCAAAACCUACAAACAUCCAAGACAUCCAACGGUGUCGAGGCUCACAAUUCUGAUUUUUAAUAACUCAUUUCGUACGAUUGAAUCGUUGAAACUCAUUUUCAUAUCUUCCCCACCCGUUGGACCUCCGAUAGAUGCCCGCAUGAGAUCAGGGCCAUAUGUUUCAGUCAGUCCAAGACGGCGUCGGAUCGAUACCCAUGGGAUAUCAUAAAACUCGCGAAAUCUGAAUUUUCCCGUAGGAUUCAAGUCGUCAGUAACUUGUACUUGCAAUGUUCUAAGUUUGAAGACGUUGAACAUCGGUUUAAUUAAGCAGCUUCUACCAAUAAAUAAAUUUAAACCGCGUUAAAAAAAUACAGUUUUAAAACAUGGUCAAGCUUUGGUGGGUAUGAGAUAUUCGACAGUUUCCAGAAAACCAAAAACAGGGAAAAUAUUUGUUCCGCAAUAGCAUCGGAACUUGAACUCAUGGUUACUUCACUUGAAAACUUGACCUCUUAAGUUUCGGGUUGGAUUGACAAGAAAAGGGAUGAUGUAUGAAAUGCUUUUCAUCACGAAACUCAGACCUAAUUUUAAUGUCCAGACGGUCUCCAUACGUGUGAAACUUUGUGUUUAGCUUGUCGGUUUAAUUUUUGUUCGUUUGCUAGUUUCUCCGCUCUUAUCACCUUUGCUCUUCCUAGUAUUUAUAGUCCCUGGUUUUUAUCAUUUUUUUGACUUAGUAAUGACGUUUUAAGUAACAUCGAAAGGUCGUCGCCUUUUCUACCUUUUUUUCGCUUUUUAUAAUGGUUUUUGAAAAUGAGUUUUCGCAAAUUUUUAUUGUAAAUGUUUUUUUUAAGUCACUUCUACGUUUAAUUCUUGUGUUGGUUUUCAAACUGUUUACUGACACCGGUUCUGGCCGAGCGAUUCCUGAUCUUGGCCUCUCGUUGUGAUAAAAACAGUAUUUUCUUUUGUGCUCAGUUCUGGAAUGUACCUUCUAAUUUUUUAAUACUACAAACAGCCUUAUUAUUACAGCGUUAGCAACGAGGAAAUUUUUUUAUUCUAAACACGUCUUAUUCUAGACACCUUGGAAACUUGAAUAAAUGUAUGAUAUGCAGAAAGUUUUCCGACUAAAAGUCAACAUUUGAGACAUUUAAGGAAGAGGUGAUAUGCAGAAUUUUUUUUUUUUCGAUUGCAUGCAUUCUAACUACAAUAAUAAAUAGAGUACAAAUCUCCCACGAUAUUGUACGGUUAUUGUUCGUUACACUUGCGUGAGUUGUUUCAGCCACGCGUUUCUCACCCUUUGAGAAAUGAAUAAAGAUGUUGGAUAACAAAUAACUUAUAAAACUUUUUGGUGUGCCGGAUCGCUGAGUAUUGUUACUCGUUGUCUGUAUUUUAACUCACCAUGCAGGCUCGUCAAAAUACAGUACAACUCGUUGAUUUUUAUACGGUUUAUCGCUUUUGAAUUGCUUUUAAAAACCAUUCUAUUUGUGAUGGCAAAAUGGGAAAUUAAUUAAGUUUAUUAUACGAUAUUGCAGCUUUAAAACGGACAACAUUUAAGAACAGCAACUGAAAACAUUAAGAAUUGAAGAGCAAAAUAAAUCUGUGGAGGGCCAUAUUGAUGGUAUAUUGCCUAACUAGUCAUGCAUUCAUUUAAGGUUCAACUAUAGCUAGCCAUAAGUGAUCUUUUAUUUUGUCUUUGUUGGGCUCUAAACUGACAUCAAAUAUCUUUAUUUCUUUUGAUUCAGGAAAGCGCUAACGUCAGAGGAACAAACGCAAGGGAUGGUAAGACAAAGGUUCUUGAUGGAACGCAGUUCCGCAAAAAUCCUAAUUCUGCAAAAAUAAAAAAAAUUUUAAAAAAGUCACUUUGAAUCUAUUUGUUAUUGUUUUUUUCCAACGCUGUUGAAAGUACCGAUGGCACCUAACGAACACAGCUUUCAUGGUUGCUUCAGACAGUCCAAUCAUAUACUGGGUGAUUUAGUAUUAUCAACUGAGUUGAUAACGUAAAUUGGCCACCGUAAAGAGUUUCAAAGCUGAUGUUUUGAGUGCUAGCCAUUUGUCAGAGCGAUUGACGAAGAAGAUCGAAUCGUCGGACGUAUUACUCUGACGAAGGGCUAAACGUCAGCUUUGAAACUCUUUACGGUGGCCAAUUUACGUUAUCAACUUAGUUUAUAAUGCUUAAUUACCCUGUUAUACUCUCCCACCGACGCAACACCAUAGUUUGUCUAGAGACGUACCCGCUUUAUUCAGUCAUAUAGUGAUUGGACAUCGCAUUGUCUCAGGUGCACGUUUUUGAAAUUCUUCACCAUCGCUUGGUAUGAAAAGAAAUAUAUUAGUUAUUUCAGGAUGAGGUUGCGAUAGGCACGUCAACACACGUGGUAACGCGACGAAACACCGUUGCUGCCCAUUAACCACAAUUGUCAAGGUUGCCUGGUGUCGAUUUGCGAAGUUAAGAUAAGAGCAAGUUAAACAAUCGUCCCACAGAAGGCAAGUUUGAUUUAGGUCGAACCACUCAUAUUAGCAGCUAUUUUAAACAAAACUUUUUCCUGUUUUGAUUGCUCAUUGAUAUUACUGGCAACAUCUCGCACUCAAACCAUGUUAUGAUCAAUUGUCUAUCAAGUUCCGGGUUCGAAUUUAGGUGACGGCUUAAAAGGAGUACAGAGGGUGACUCUUAACAGUCGGAGUUGAGAAGGUAGACUUUCAACAGCUCUUCAGUUAACAAAAUGUUGAAAUGCUUCUCCAAACAGUCGACAAACCCUUUAAGUUGUCAGGUAAGCGUAUAGAUCAAGCCCAACUUUGGACAAAACUAUGCGGAAAAGAUGAACCCUCUAAAAAUUUGUCUCGUUGUUUAGGUGUGGCUUCGUAGUUCAUUUGGUAGUGAGGCCCAACGAGUAUCGAUAUCGGGAAGAAACGGGAUCGAAUCACGGCGAAGCCUAAAUUUUUUUAGGCUUCUCUUCAGCAGUCCCUUUAAUCGUAGCUCAGCCACGAGGAUCAUUGCUUUACGUUUUUUUCAUCUGCAGGUCAAAUGUUAAUUCAUUUAAAUUGUGAUUAGUUUGCACACUUUUAACGAGAACUUUAAAUAGCGCCCUAAUUCUAGAUGAGAGCCACUGAAAGGAAAUAAAAUUGAGGAGAAAAGGGUUACUCGGCAUUACCUUACUUUGAGGGUAGCAAUGUAAGGUCAGUUUAUAGAUCGAUCGUUUUUACUUUUAAAAUUUGUUUAAAAAACUCCUCAGUUACGCACACAAAGCGGAAAAGUUUGCUAAUCUUUUGCAACCGUUAUUUGGUCUCGUCACGCAAUGGCUCUCUCUCCAAUUGAGAAUAGAGGGCGUUGUGUGACGAGACCAAAAAACGGCUGUGAAAGAGACCGCAGUAUGCGUAGCACCGAUACAUUUUAUUUUUGAUGAGAAGUACUUAUACAAUAAAGACAAUAGACCACAAAAUACCUGUGUGAUUUAAGAUAAAUUAGGUUUUUUCUGUUUCUCUUAAAGUGAAGUAAUGCGAUAUUUUCGUUCUUUUGAAAGUUAUGAAAAUCAUAGGAAUACAAAGUGUCCCAGCUCGACCUACGCAGCUGAGAAAAUAACUUGUAUGCUACGCAUGCCUAUGUUUAACAGAGCAAAAUUUCUUUGCUGUAUAUAUGAAAUUCUUUAUUGACCAAACUUUUUCGGUCAAGAUGGCUGGAAAUUUAUUAAAAAUUUGUUUUAUGGUAUAGCCCCAAGUUUGAAACAGGCAUCGACUAAACAUUCUCAUGGAGCUUGAUCUCGUGAUUUGUUUUAUUGCAUUACAUUAAGGACCCGCGCUGAUUUUUCGCAAUUAAGGGUGCCACAAAGAAGGAUGCACAUUGGAAUUCCAAUGAGCAAAACAGCGUAAUUAACGUUACAUGGUUCUGAUCACAGCAGGAGCCUUGGAGACGUUACCAAAAGCAAGUGCUAUUUUUUGUUAUUUCCUGGAUGUAAUAUUGCUGUUUUUUUCUCCAAAGAAAAAGUUUUGAGAUUAUGUUUGGGUUACCAUAGUACUGCGUGGGUACAGCACUUAAGAGUUACUGGUGCGUGCAGCGAAAGUAUUCUUUUAGCGGCGAUUGUUUGUAAUAAAGUAUCCAAUGUAAUAUGCUGGAAACUAAUGUUUGCGGUUCAUUCUCUAAAAAACCUUUUUUAUGUGUUCACCGCCUUAUCGAUAUCUGCUGAUUGUAAAAUCAAAUAUGCACACAUGUUCUGCUAAUUUGUGUGAAAAUCAGGUGCUGUUGGUGACUAAAUUUGCCGCUAAAUAUUGCACUUGCAGACAGUCCUUCUGAUUUCUAUGCUUGGGAAUCUCCAGAUAAAAACAGCAAAGAAUUUAUGAGACUUGAUCUAAUAGUGCAAACAAACAUCAAUAUAUCUCCAUCAGAUUUUUACACAAGUAAACUAAAUGAUAGGCACCAAGAGCUCUGAUAUUGCUUUUGUGCUGCUAAGAAAAAACGUGGAAAAUUUAGCUUAUUCAAAACAAGUUUUACUCAGGAACUUUGACUAAAUGUGCGAUGUGAAGAAAAGUUCUUUACUAAAACCGAACGUUUAGUACAUUUAAGGUAGAGGUGACGUGAAGAUACUUUUUGGUUGUGAUAUCUCACGAUGUUGAAGUCCAGUGACUAUUAAGUUCAAAUGUAUACUAUUUAUUGCCUUUGUAUGCCCGGCAUGAAACCGUUUUACUUGUAAUGACAAUAUUAGAGAAUUAAGCUUUAACGAGAGAGAGUUAUCCUAUAAUAUUUUCGCUCGAAAUCAAGCAAAAUUCGGGAACGGCAAGAAAAAAGUACUUUGGAGACCAAGCUUCUCUUUGAUAUUGAAAACACAAAUCAAACUUAAUGAUAAAUAUUUGGAAGACCUAAUGAUAUGUUCCAAUUAAGAAUCAACUGCCUGCAAUAAAUCUCUAUUGUAUUUCAAAGUCUUUGUUUGACUCGAAACUAAAAUAAAACAAAUCUAAUUUAGGAAAGCGCUGACAAAACAGGAACAAAAGCAAGGGCUUGUCAGGCAAAGGUUCUAGAUGAAAUGGAAUUUCGCAAAAAUUCUUAUUGAACAAAUUAAAAACACAGAAGUCGAAAGCUUUAAAUCCACCUUUUCAGUUUAAUAUAACACCUAUAAUAUGUCGCGAUAAUAUAGCACCUAUCGAACACAGCUAUGUCUGAUUGGAAAUCGCAUCGUUCUAGGUAAAAUCUUUGAAAUUUUUCAUUAUCGUCCUGCAUGGAAAGAAAUCACCUGAUUUCCUUUAUUUCAGGAAGGGGUCAGACUAUUAAGGCAGCCUAAGCACGUUGAAAAAAAGGAAAGAAAAUCAGUAAAUUUGGACUCAACACUCUUUCUGCAAACGCCGCAAAGCAGCUAGUGUUAUGUAGUUAGGGCAUUAAGUGCGUGAUUCAGCAAGUUCAGCUAACGUCAAACUAACACUCAAAUAUGUGUUUGUUCAUUUGAUAUUAAUAUCCGCCAACAUCUAGCAUUAAACCAUGCAAUGUUCAGUUGUCCGUCAAGUUCCAGUUUCGAAUUCCAAUGACAACGUAAAAGAGAUCGCGGUGAGUUGCAAAAACCAGUCGGAGUUGCGAAGGUUAGCUCUCGACAGCACUUCAUUAAACGAAGGUAAGUAAGUGCUUCAUCGUUGUCACAAUACUAGUUAUGUUAAGCAAAUUUACACUUUUUUUAACAAGCCAAGAAAAGAGUUCUCAAUUUUCCAUUUGUGUGUUUGCCAAUAAUUCGCCAAAGUCAACUUCCUUCGCUGACCUCGUUAGUAAAAUUGGACAGAAGUUUCUUUGCAGUUUAGAUGAGUGUUGAGAACAAAAGUGAAAUGAGGUGAACGUGGAAUAGUAAAUUUUGUCCAUAAACGCUAGCUGGUUAUCGAUUUAAAGGUAAUAAAGGGCGUUAUAAUAAAGUUCGGAUAUAACGCGUGCUGUCAUUGGUUGAAAGAGCGUGCUCUAUGAGAGUAUAGAGCAUAGAGCUGAGCUAAAGCUGUCACGCCAUCUGUCAAAUUGCACUAUGUUCGACCUUUUCCGGGACUUCUUUUUAGCUCUUUUUCCGAUAACUGAAAGUGGAAUUUCGGAACUGAAGCGAGCCGGCAAGUAGCAACAGAAGAACCAAACAAAGGUUUGUAAACAUACCAGGCGCCGUAAUUUACGUGAUUAAAACGUGAGCAGAUGCGAAAAUCCAAAAGGAAAAACAAAAUAGACAUUCCGAGUUUUAAAGAUUUUCACGCUCAGUUAGAUUGCAAGCUUACGUACGGUAAUAAAAAUCAAACACAGCUAACACUCGUAUAGUAUAUAAAGUUCAGUGUUCAAAAACAAAACAGAACAAAACAGAAAUGAUGAAAAAUAUAACCAAACUGGCAUAACUGUUAAAAUUCAUACUAAUCAUGACGGUGUCUGAGCGAAUAUGAUCAUGCUGAAGUUCAUCGCGGCUCGCUCAUCAUGGCGAUCUCCGGUCAUCACGGUAAAGCAAGCCUCAGAAACUACAUCGGCCGGCCUUCGAGUGAAAAAAUAUGAGCUUGCUCUGAUAUCCUUUCCGAUGCGUUGGGUGGAAAGUCACAUCAGUCACUGCAACCGAGUUUUGCGGCGCUGCCAUCCCGAGCGAUCUUCAUGUUCCGGUGAAUUCGGCUGUCGUUCCUUCAAAAAACACUCGCCUUGAACAGUUUGUUUUCUACCUUGUCAUGCAGAAAAACUCACGUGUUUUUAUGAGCCAUAAUUCGGCUGUAGUUCACUGAACAUUUCACUUCAGGAUUCUGUAUUAGAGACUUAAAAACUUCAAGCAAAAGUGUUAAAUUCGACUUGCCGAACUAUUUUAGUUUGUAAACUAUCGUAGAAUGUGAACUUUGAUGGUUUUGAACUUUGAUGGUUUGACACUUUUGACAGCUUUAGUCUUGUACAGCCAAUCAGAGUAUUUGAACCAUUCUAUCAGGGAUUCUGAUUGGCUUAUUGUAGCGUGCUUUAUGAGAGUAUAGAGCAUGCUGACGACACUGUUGUUCGCUUUGGAAAUAAAGUUUGUUUUGGAAAUUGAAAGUAAUGCUUUGGUACUUUAACGGAUCCUUUAUUAUAAAACAAAUAGAGAAGCCUUGACUGUGCUCUUUUCUGUUAUAAAGCACUUAGGAAGCGGCUAGAGCACUCAAGAAGUGGGAAGAAACACUCGACUACGUCUCGUGUUUCUCCCUACACUUCUUUCGUGCUCUAGCCGCUUCCUGCGCGCUUUAUAACAGAACAGAGCACAGUCAAGGCUUCUCUAUUUGUUAACUAAAGUUGAAAAUUGAAGAUGAGUUUGGAUACUGGCCAUAUCACGACCAUAUUACGAUUGAAAAAGAAUGGAAUGCAGAUGAAUCCCUAAUCAUUAAAAUCUGCUUUAAUAUACAGCUGAGCCUUUCUGUUGCCUCCCAACAUAUUUCGGUGAUAUAUCGAUUAUCAUUGAAAUCAUUUAUUUUCUUACAACAGAGUGCGUAAGUUUUUAAAGAAAAUCUGGUGUUGCGUAAAUGGUGGGGAAUAACAUGAUAAUUUGGUUUUAUCACCUGAGUUAAUAACGUAAAUUGGCCACCGUAAAGAGUUUCUAAGUUCUUGAAGCUGGCUUGGUUGGUGAAUGAAGAGAAUAAAAGUCAGCCUGGUGUUAGUUCAUUUUAAGGAUUGCUCAGUCAUUUCAAUUUCAAGACUACUCGCCACUUUUAGAAUUUUAUAUUCAAUCGAAAAAAAUAUGUUUUAUUAGCUGUUCAGUGACGCACAGGAGGCUUGUGAAUCUUUUUGGUCUUUGGAUUGCAAAAUUUUGUUCUGUCCGUGCAAACCUAAAGCAAAUGUGGCAUUUACCCCAUUUGCACCACAUUUGCUACGGCUUUGGACCAGAUUUGAUGACAUUUGCACUGCGCAAAUAUGAUGCAAAUCCGUUUUUUUCGUCCAGUGAGAUGAACUUAUUAUUUUCACUCAUCUGUUCAUUUCAGAAAUUCCUUUUGUGCUAAUUCAAAGACCAGGCAGAAACCGACCAUCAUCAUAGAGUCAACAUGACACAUGUCAACUGUCUGUUGGGAGUCGUCGUUUUUGUCCUUCUGGGUAGGAAGUAAACUUUUGAUCAGCAUUGAUCAUCUUCCUUCUAAUUAUAAAUCAGCGAUCCUCGGAUGGCUAUAGCAGUAAUAAUCCGGCCGUCUGGCAGUGGUUACAUUUGGACUUAUCCGAGUGCUCGAAAACGUAGGAGCAAAAAUUAUCUUUGAUAUUUUCAAGAUUCUCAACUAGAUGGUGACCGAAGCUAAAAGAAUUUAGAGUGCUUUUCUGCUGAGUCGUAAAACCAAAGCCUCAACAAUCUCGACGGCUAACAAGAGAGAGAAGAAAAUUGUCAGAAAGAGCUAACGAGAGGUCAAAGAGUAGGGAAACACGGGUUACAAUUGGAAUGGCUUAUAGUUUUCUGCCAAAAUUAAAUUUUGAGUCGGUUCAUUGCCUCACGUUCAUUUCAGUAGUUAAUAAACAUUGUUUCUUUUUUUAAAGCCAUAAAGGUCCUCUGUCAGGACCCUAUUGAUCAAUCUGAACACGAGAAUUUGAUACUACUUUGUGAUCCGCACCGCACGAACGGUCACUGCUGUGGCGGAAUAAGUUAUCAUCCAUUUUCACAGCUGUGCUGUUCAGGCGCUAUUCAACCGGUUAGUGGUCCUCAAUACUCUUGCUGCGGGAAAACUUUCUACAAUACUGGAACACAGCUCUGUUGCUCAGGUGUCGUGAGACCAAAGAGUCACUCACAAAACGCUUGCUGUGGAACUUCAGCUUACGACACUACUAGACAGAUCUGUUGUAUUAGAUCCAUCUUUCCAAAAUUCUACGGCAGAACUCUUGCCAAAUGUUGUAGGUAAGAACGCAUUUUAAAGGCAAUUUUAUACGUAGAAGCCAGUUUACUCACUUGAGGGGUCUCAGGUUUUCGUUUUUGUAACAUCAUUUUGUUAAUGGCUGCGAUAAACUUGUAAGAUGAAUAAGUUGUUCGGUAUUUCUUCGUCUUCCUUUAACAGUGUCAUUGUAAAUUGGCAGUUUCUUCUUUUGUUGAAACAUGCGAUCGCCUUUGUGUGCUGAUUGCCUGGUUUGAUUCUUCCACAUUAAAUCCAUAUGAUACGUACAAAUUACCUCACUUUAAACGGUCAAGAUCUGCAGGAUGACUUGAGCGGUUUCGAAAAUAAGCGCCAUCAUUUCGAUGGAUUUUAUCAGGGUUUUUUUGCAUUUCAUUCGGGUUUUCUGAUACCAAGUAUGAAUUAUGUUCAUGUAGCCAUAACCAGACGAGUACAAAUGCAGUAUUAUUUGAUCUGAAUUAACUUCUUUCAAGUUAUUUUAACAAUUUUUUAUUUUCAUUCCCCGUGAUAAAUACUCUGCAAAAGUGCUUUUUUUUCCAACUCAAAUCUAAAGCAGAACUGUUAAGUAGAGUAAAAUACAAAUCCUUAAAAAAUUUUUCCCUUUAGCUCUGGAUCCUACUACUUUACUUUUGUACUCUUGCAUUAAUCCUUAUUGUUCAGAAAAAUGUUUCUUUCGUCUUGUCAUGCGUCAGCGUGGAACAAAGAAAAUUCUGAGCAAGAUAGUAAAUCUCAAUCAGGAAUCUUUUUUGGGGGUCUUUAGAUCUUCACGCUAUAAUCCCACUACCCAAGGAUGCUGUGCUUGGAGAAAGCCAUAUUCUACCUCUACUCAACUCUGCUGUGGAGGAACAGUUGUUCAGAAAAUCAAAGGCUCUGCCUGCUGUGGAAAAAGAGUUUAUGACACCAACACCCAGGUAGAUAUCAACGAAAUGAUUUGAUAGAUGGCGAAUUUAUACAAUAUAAACAUGAUCAGUUUAUAACUAAUCGAGAUUACAGAAAUACAUCUCAUUUUUAUUCUUGAAGUGGUGAUUUCUAAUACAUUACAGACUCGCAUGAAAACAUCGUAAGCUCCCUCCCUCGUUGAGUUAUCAAUAUUUAUGGUAGCACUAUUUCAGAUACUUCUUUAUUCACUGUUUUUACUAUACUUGCCAUCUUUACGCUAUUAUGCCAGGGUCAUAAUAGAUGAAAUAGAGAAAUAGAGAAGCUUAGAGAAAUACUAAGAAAUCUCGAUUUAAGAAGAUAUCAAUAGAGAAAAGAGCAAGUCUAAGAUCAUUUUACUUUUCCUGAUUCUUAUAUUUACUCGUGGUCUUCAAUUCGUAAAGUAGUAUUUAAAGAUAAAUUAGAGGAAUACAUGAAACAACUUGGUGUUGGUGGUGUUGUUCCAAACCAAGCCAUGGAUCGGUGAGCUGUUGUGGCACGACAGUGAUCUUCUCCAAUUAUCAACGUUGCUGCGACAAUAGAGUGUAUAAUCCAUCAACUCAGGUAGAUAAGUUUUGAAGGUUAUCUUCUGACAAAACGUGCAGCUGAGGUCACCGAAAGUGAACUUAUAGAAACUUGUUGCCCAAGGAGCACUAAAAAAAAGAAUCUCCUCGCGACUAAAUUGCUUUUACAUAUAUAAGAGCAUGCAUGGAAGGGAAUCAAUAGCAAAAAUGCAUUGACUAUGAAAAUACUGCUCAGCGUCUUUCGUUUAAUCGGUGGAGUACCUUUCAGAUUAAAGCCCAAAAUUACAGACGCUUAACCCUCAUUUUGCAGACUCCCCACUUUAACACUCAAGUAAGAUCAUUUAAGAAUUCCUUGAAAUAAUCCCGAGCUUUACUCUGAGCAUGUUUAAAUUUGAUUUUCUGUUUUUCAUUUUUUUUCUUUUAUUUGGUUUAUGUUUAACGCUGAAAUACUAUUUUCCAUGCUUUUGUGUAGGUUUGUUGCUCAGGAGUAAUCUCCAAAAGACCACACGGUGUAUCAAAUCCAAGAUGCUGUAAAACCCGACCCUACAACCCAAACACUCAAGUAAGAUCAUUUAAGAAUUCCUUGAAAUAAUCUUGAGCUUUAUUUUGAGCAUGUUUAAAGCUAACUUUCUGUUUCUCAUUUUUUUCUUUUAUUUGGUAUAUUGUUAUUCCUCGCUUAUACAUUGUACCCACAUUUUUCAGAAACCUUGGACUGAGAACUUCAAAAAUUUAAAAUAAAACUUAUUGAUCAGGCAGCGCAAAAACAUGCGUUCAAUAGGUUCAUCCACAGCACCAACACCCAGAUAGAUAUCAACGAAAUGAUUUGAUAGAUGGCGAAUUUAUACAAUAUAAACAUGAUCAGUUUAUAACUAAUCGAGAUUACAGAAAUACAUCUCAUUUUUAUUCUUGAAGUGGUGAUUUCUAAUACAUUACAGACUCGCAUGAAAACAUCGUAAGCUCCCUCCCUCGUUGAGUUAUCAAUAUUUAUGGUAGCACUAUUUCAGAUACUUCUUUAUUCACUGUUUUUAUUAUACUUGCCAUCUUUACGCUAUUAUGCCAGGGUCAUAAUAGAUGAAAUAGAGAAAUAGAGAAGCUUAGAGAAAUACUAAGAAAUCUCGAUUUAAGAAGAUAUCAAUAGAGAAAAGAGCAAGUCUAAGAUCAUUUUACUUUUCCUGAUUCUUAUAUUUACUCGUGGUCUUCAAUUCGUAAAGUAGUAUUUAAAGAUAAAUUAGAGGAAUACAUGAAACAGCUUGAAAUAAAUUGAUAUUCACUUUCUCCGACGAUUAAAUUUUCAGGUAUGCUGUGGUGGUGUUAUUCAUCCCAAACCAAGCCAUGGACCGGUGAGCUGUUGUGGCACGACAGUGAUCUUCUCCAAUUAUCAACGUUGCUGCGGCAAUAGAGUG